GCUGGAUCCCAUCUCACACUACGUAUCUGUGGGCUCAAUUGUCAACCAAGGACAACGGCUGCGCAAACCGCUCAACUGGGCCUGCAUUCACGCUGGCCGUCUGCCGCGACUGAUUGGUGCAGCGCACUGAAGCGUGAGCGCGGCAACUUGGCUUAGAACGCUGCGUAGCUCCCAAUGGCAGGCCAAAGUAACGGGUACUUGGCGGCCCACCCCCCAGCUAACCCGCGAGAUGACCUGUGACCCUCCCCAAUCAGCAGGCCUCUGGAGGGCCCUGUCGCAGGCCCACCGCCCGCUGCGCUGCGCUGUGGCAGGCGCUUUUGUUAUUAUAGCAGAGACGUCCAGAUCCCAAGACCCCUCCAUCUCUGCCUCUGGAUCCUUUUCCCUUCGUCUGCUCAACCGCGCAAGGCUUUGCAUUUGCAACAGGCAACGCCAGGUCUUGUCUGCGAGGCCAAGUCAAGAGCAGAAGCAGACGCUGAAAGCCUCGCGCCAUCUCGAAGCCUGCGUAUCUGCCGGCAGAUUCGGCUUCGCCCUUCCACGACGACCGGUCUUUGUGUUCCUUCUCUUCUCCGACCUGCCGCCGAGCCUCGUCGCCUGUUGUAUUUUAUUCUUCUUCUUGCCGUUGCGAGGCGUCACCCAAUUCCGCCAUCUCUUCUUCUCCCAAGGUGAGUCACGACACGCUGCCUUUUUUUUUUUUUUCCCUGCUAGACUAUCUGUUAUCGCUCCUCUCUGCCUUGCUCUGCUCGAUCAUGUUUGCCUCUGCCUAUCUUGCCUCUGCCGCCGAAGAAGACAGAGGGAGAGAGUCACCACCCUCCCAAUGAUGCUCUCCCUCAAACAACUCCUCAGGCCAAAAUCGCUACCCACUGUCCAACCACCACCACCUGCCUCGUACAAACCCUCGUUUUCUUCUUAUUUUGCCUUUCGCGUACGACUUCCCUCUUGGCAGCGUCUUGGCUGUUAUCUCGUGUGUUUCGUUGCAGCCAGUUAGCAGUAACCCUGGCGAUAACCACUUCUUGCAUGCCCUGGUUGGUGUCUUCCUUCGGGUGCUUCGUCCCCUUUCUGUCCUCUGUGACGGCUGGAUGCUAUGUGGCUUGGGUUUUUGCACCUCAGGGAUAUUCAUUUUGUU